AAUCAAUAAAUGCAUCAAUUUCCAAUGCUCAGCUCUAUUUAUACACACAGUACUGUUGCUUCUCCUUGAAUGUGGCCAAGUAGUUAGAUCUUUCACUUCUUUGUUGCUGCUUCACCUCUGGUCCUGACAAUGGCUUUCAAAGCUGUUUGUCUUAUGGUGGUUGCUUUUGUUUUAGUUACUGCAAAGGCUUCAUACAUGAAUGAAGACUUCAAGGAGAAGUUGUACAGAGAAGAACGUUAUUUAAUUUUGAAUCUGGUGAAGCAGGCUGUUUUUUCCAAAUCUGUGGUGCCUGCAUCAACUCCUGCUCCUCCAGAGGUCAAGUCACCGACCCCCGCCCCACCAGUGGUCACUCCUUCCACACCAUUGUACAAACCACCAACUCCCGCGCCACCAGUUAAGACACCACCUCCAGCACCGCCAGUCAACCCCCCCACACCUGUGAAGCCACCCACUACUCCCGCCCCACCGGUCUACAAGCCACCAUCUCCAGCACCGCCAGUCAACCCCCCCACACCUGUGAAGCCACCCACUACUCCCGCCCCACCGGUCUACAAGCCACCAUCUCCAGCACCGCCAGUCAACCCCCCCACACCUGUGCCUCCUGUGAAGCCACCCACUGCUCCUGCCCCACCGGUCUACAAGCCACCAUCUCCAGCACCCACACCUGUGCCUCCCGUGAAGCCACCCACUACUGGACCAAUGCCCCCGCCAGUUAGGACAAGAUCGGAUUGCACCCCUCUAUGUGGGCAGAGGUGUAAGUUACAUUCAAGAAAAAGACUCUGUGUUAGAGCUUGCAUGACUUGCUGUGACAGAUGCAAAUGCGUGCCGCCGGGGACUUACGGUAACAGGGAGAAAUGUGGCAAGUGCUAUACUGACAUGACCACCCGCCGCAACAAGCCCAAGUGCCCUUGAAUUUUUGAAAAAUCUCGACUGUGAUAUAUGUUAUUGCUAUUAUGUUAUACUAUAUAGUUUAAGAAUAAACUUUUCUCAUAUUUUAAUUACUCUCGAGCAGCUGUAACUCGGCAAUCAGUACCAUGCAAACCCCGAUCGGUCUACGGUGUCUAUUGCUUUCACUUGUACUGAUUGCAUAUAUUAAUAUAAUGUUAUUUCGGUUGCUGAUAA